AUGCCUGUACAUACCAUUCGUGAUUUAAAUAACAACAACGAUAAUCCCAAUAGAGGCCAAGCACCUGUUCCGCCUGGUUGGGGUAACUCAUCGGGAAAUGGUGGUGGUAGAACUCUUGGAGGAAGGACCCUAGGAGGAGAUUCAUCGUCCAACACUACAAGACAACCAUCCACAACUGGAAGAGUAUUAGGAUCAGGAGAGGCUGUUUCCUAUCAACCAUCUUCAGCCAAUUAUGCAGAUGGAGGAGCCAUAGGUGGUGGAGGAGGCUUUUUCUCAGGAUUCAGAAACAUGUUUUCAGGUUUUGGAAGAAGCAAUACUACUCCAAGUGGAGGAAGCUACACUGCUACAGGCCAACCUGUGGAUGUUGAAACCGGUGGAGCUGCCACAAUUUCCAAUGACCCCUAUCAAAAUCAGUACAAUAUGAAUGAGGACAUGUUUUGGAGUUAUAAUUUGCACAACAUUCAACCUCAAUGGUAUCAUAUGUGUUUAAUGUGUUGUUGUCCAUGUUUUGUUGGUCCACCAUGCUCACCUGUUCGAAAACAAGAUUACAAAAACAUGUUAAUGACAUUCUGCUUUUGGAUCUCAAUCGUUCAAUUAAUUUAUUUCAUUGUAGAGUUGUCAGUUGGCGGUUUUGAUCCUCAAAAUCCUUCUAUUGGCCCAUCGAGCCUAACAUUGUUGAAAUUAGGAGCCAAAAGUUCAUACUAUAUCAAAGAAAAAUAUGAAUUAUGGCGUCUGGUGGUUCCACUCAUUAUGCAUGCAGGUAUUUUGCAUAUAUUCAUGAACUUGUUCAUUCAAAUUAUGGUUUGCAUGGGCUAUGAAAAGAAUUGGAGAUGGUACAGAGUAAUUCCAAUUUAUUUCAUUUCAGGCAUUGCAGGAAAUUUAUUGAGCUGUGUUGCCAUGCCAGCCUCGAUCUCCGUUGGAGCCUCUGGGGCCAUUAUGGGCUUAAUUGGAGCCAAGGUUUCAAAUAUUAUUGUUCGUUGGACCAGAAUUCCAACUCAACAGAAAGUUAUGCAAUGUAUUAAUGUUGGAAUUAUUAUUUUCAUCACUUUGUUGUGGAGUUUUAGUGAUUAUAUUGACUGGGCUGGACAUAUUGGUGGAUUAGUGACUGGUUUCAUUUUGGGAUUUGCAUGUUUUGCAGUUACGGAAAUUCAAGACAAGGUGUACAAGUGGACAAUAUUCAGCGUUUCUGUUGGUUUGACCCUAGUGACAUUGCUUACAUUGUCACUCGUUUUUGGAUUAGUGACAGAUACUUCCAAAUAUGCCUUGUAA